AUGUCUCUCAAGCCUAUCACCGUCUACGGCCAUGGCCCAGGCCCCAACCCCUGGAAGGUGAUCAUGGUCCUGGAAGAGCUGAAUAUUCCCUACACCCACAAGAUCAUCAACUUCCCAGACAUGAAGAAAGAGCCAUACGAGUCCAUCAACCCCAACGGCCGUGUCCCCGCAAUUGAAGACCCCAACACCGAUAUCACCCUCUGGGAAUCCGGCGCAAUUGUCGAAUACCUGGUCGACACAUACGACAAGAAAAACACCAUCAGCUUUGCCACCGGCUCCAAGGAAUACUACCUCGCCAAGCAAUGGCUCCACUUCCAGGUGUCUGGUCAAGGCCCAUACUUCGGCCAGGCUAUCUGGUUCAGUCGCUAUCACUCAGAGAAGGUUCAAAGCGCGAUCGACCGCUACAUCAACGAAAUCCGCCGUGUCUCUGGUGUGCUCAACCGCGCCCUCGAGGGAAAGCAGUAUCUCGUCGGUGACAAGUUCUCAUAUGUCGAUGCUGCUUUCGUGCCUUGGUAUCUGCUUACUGGCCAGUUUGGAAUUGAUAUGGAGAAGGAGUUCCCCAAUGUCGCUGCUUGGUUAAAGCGGGUGCAGGAACGUCCUGCUAUUGCCAAGUCGGUCCAGGAUCGGGCUGAGGCUUGUGCGCAGCACUAA